AUGAGCGACAACGACCGUGUGAUCGGCAAUCCCGUCCAAAAGGCGAUGGACGCGGUUGUGGAAGCCUGGGAGUCGGCACUCAACAAGAUUCGAGAGUGCAAGCAGGAAUACCAAGCCCAGUUGGAGGAGCUUGCCGGUCUGGGAGGCAUGCCCACGCCGGCUCAGGCUCUCGGCGUUUUGACGAGCUUCUACGAGAGGGUUAAGGGCCUCCGGAACACGCUCAACCAGCCUGCGCCGCUCGAAGCUCUUUCUCAAGUCGAGGUUGCCCCAGCCAAUGCAGCUUGGAUGGCUGCCGUCCAAGCUGCCGUCACGCCCGCACCCAGAAAGAGACUGAGGGAGCUUGUCUUGCCCGAAACCCAAGUCGCCGCUCCCUCCAUUCCUGUCAACACCGAGGGCUCUGAGCAGCAGGCAACUACAGCCGAGCUCAAGGCCGAGUCUACCCCUGCUUCCGGUGGCUCGCAGGGCGAGGAUGUCAACAACAGGAAGGAUCAGGGCAAAGACAAGGCCAUUUACACUGCCACCGCAACCCCGACCAAAUUGAGCGGCAACAGCAAGUCCGGCUCGGGGUCCAUCGUCUCCAAGAAGGACAUCAAGGGAAAGGGCAGAGCCAAGUCCAACUCUCCUUCACCUGAGCCUUUCUCUGCCAAAACCCUUCAGAGAAUCACCAACACAGUCAGGAAGACCAACAGGCUUCCCCUUAUCAAGCCUGUGUCCAUGCUCAAAUUUGCCCGUGGUACUGCUGCUGCUGCUGCUUCAUCAGCCCCUGGUCCCAGCCGCCCUGAGCAGCGCGCCGUCACGCCCGAGCCUGAGCCAGAGUCGGACUCUGAGUCGGAGUCUGUGUACUUGUCCGUGUUGCAGUUUCAGGGCAGCUCCUCCUCCCCUCCUGAUGCUUCUUCCACUCCUGGUCCGUCUUCGACUUCCGCUGUUGUCGCUGUUGCAAGUGUUUCCGGGGGUCCUACCUCGAACGACACGGAGGAGCAGCCCAUUGUCGGAACCGACGAGGCAGCAAGCAAUGUCGAAGUUGUCGACUUCGACCCUACCACUACCGCGACUAGAGUCAGCAGCAGCGCCAGCGCAAGUGAAUCAGAAUCCAACAGCGUCACGUCCAACGAGAUCCAGGAGACGCAUGACAUUGCGUACAUUGAGGAGACAGGAGAAAACAACGUCAAGGAGGCAAAGGGCAAGAACAAGGCCAACGACACUCCCACCAAGACGACCACCACUGCCAGCGGAUCUGGAAGGAUUUCCUCCAAGAGAGAUCUGAAGGGAAAGGGCAAAGCCAUUGCCAGAUCUCCCUCUCCUGUUGCUUUUUCCGUGACAAGCAACAGUUACAAAGUCACGAAGACCAGAAAGGACAACAAGGAGAACAAGCCAUUCUCCAGGCGUAGUCCACCUGCCACAGGUUCAACCGAGCCUGCAUUGAACAGCAAGCCCAACAACAUCAACAACAACAACAUCCAAGAGGAGGUCGUGGUCAAACUGGACAAAGACAAGGGAAAGGCAAUUGACACUCCAACUCACUUCCCUACUCCAACUACCACAGAGGAUGUCAACAACAAAGACGAAGUCAUGGUCACCACCACUACCGCUGCUUCUAUCACAGCGGAAGGCAGCAACAACAACAAACCUAGCGCCAGCACAUCCACCUCCGGCCCGGGAACCAUCCCCAACAAAAAAGACCUAAAGGGCAAAGGCAAAGCAACCACCACUUCUCCUUCCCGGUCUCCCUCUAGACCACCCUCCCCGGGCCCUUCAAAUUCCGCACCCAAACCCAAACCCACCACCAACAGCACCGACAAGGCCAAGAUCACCAAGGUAACCAAGCAACCUGCCAUUGCCCGCCAGCGCCAAACAAUCAAGCGCUCCCUAGCCAAAAAGGGUCACCACUGGGCCUUCAAACUCGAAUCCCACUUUGCUCGAUCAGCCGAGGACGUCGCCAUCAACCAAGACAAGUAUUUCAUUCUCUGCUGUCCAGCGCCCAAUUGCCCGUCGCCCAACUUUGGUGGUAAACAUCCUUUUAGAGAGGGAAGGGCGGUCGCGCACUUUGCUGUUGGUGCUUCUGGUGGUGGUGCCGCUGCUGCUGGAAAUGACACUAGAAAUACUUGUUUGAUGGAAAUUGAUGGUGAAGAAGAGAAAGACGAAGAUGGAGACGUGCAAAUGACGGAAGCAGAAAUCUUUGAGCGUUUUGGAGCCGAAAUCGUGCAGGAGCAAAAGCGGUGGCCUGUCGAUGAUAAGUGGGCUUUGAAGAAUAAUCGCGAGUUGUGUAUGAAGAUUGGGGAGGAAGGGGAGGAGAGGGAAGGGAUGUUGGGGGAGUUGUGA